GCUACUUGGGUGGGGUCUCUAUUUAAUAGAGACAAAGCCACAGCCUGGAAGGCAGAAGAGAGAGGAAGAGAUGAUGAAGGGCUGUGUGAUAACAUGCGUUCUCCUGCUGCUUAGCUCUCACAUAGGUCAUGCUAUGGAAUGCUAUUCUUGCGACUAUGGAAUCUGCCUGUUCCCCACUAAGGAGACGUGCGGUCUUCUGCAGAUCUGCGGCACUGAGACGGCAAAAACUGGGAAUCUUAAUUUGAGGAAGAAGGGAUGUUUGGGACCCACGGAGUGUCUCACUGAAUCUUCUGUGACCUAUAUGGGUGUGACUGUGACGACUACCCGUUCCUGUUGCGUCACCAACCUCUGUAACUCAGCAGUCACCCCUAAAGUGUCUUUUAUCACGGGGAUAGCUGCUAUGCUGGCUGUGUUACUCCCUAAACUGUCCUGAGCCUGCUCCGGCUAGAUGAGAAUUUAGUAUCUAACUCCACAAUUGUUUUGGGUAGCAAUCAUUGUAUACCUGUAUAUUCUUGCAACUGAAAGCAAUUCCUGUACGACAAAAUAUUCCCCCCCUUCCAAACUGCUUAAAUGUCUUCCACUUUUCAAUAAAACAUUUCUUUUUCAA